AAUAGGGGUUGGUCUGCGUCACUCGGGCAGAUAACAGCUGCCGUGAGGAGGAGAGUUGUUGCUGGCGAGCAGGUUCCAGGGCCGGAGAUUUAAACAUGCAGAUCUUUGUGAAGACCCUGACUGGCAAGACCAUCACCCUUGAGGUUGAGCCCAGUGACACCAUUGAGAAUGUCAAGGCCAAGAUCCAGGACAAGGAAGGCAUCCCCCCUGAUCAGCAGCGGCUGAUCUUCGCUGGCAAGCAGCUGGAAGAUGGGCGCACCCUGUCUGACUACAACAUCCAGAAGGAGUCCACCCUGCACCUCGUGCUGCGUCUGAGGGGGGGCAUGCAGAUCUUUGUGAAGACCCUGACUGGCAAGACCAUCACCCUUGAGGUUGAGCCCAGUGACACCAUUGAGAAUGUCAAGGCCAAGAUCCAGGACAAGGAGGGCAUCCCCCCUGAUCAGCAGCGGCUGAUCUUCGCUGGCAAGCAGCUGGAAGAUGGGCGCACCCUGUCUGACUACAACAUCCAGAAGGAGUCCACCCUGCACCUCGUGCUGCGUCUGAGGGGGGGCAUGCAGAUCUUUGUGAAGACCCUGACUGGCAAGACCAUCACCCUUGAGGUUGAGCCCAGUGACACCAUUGAGAAUGUCAAGGCCAAGAUCCAGGACAAGGAGGGCAUCCCCCCUGAUCAGCAGCGGCUGAUCUUCGCUGGCAAGCAGCUGGAAGAUGGGCGCACCCUGUCUGACUACAACAUCCAGAAGGAGUCCACUCUGCACCUCGUGCUGCGUCUGAGGGGGGGCAUGCAGAUCUUUGUGAAGACCCUGACUGGCAAGACCAUCACCCUUGAGGUUGAGCCCAGUGACACCAUUGAGAAUGUCAAGGCCAAGAUCCAGGACAAGGAGGGCAUCCCCCCUGAUCAGCAGCGGCUGAUCUUCGCUGGCAAGCAGCUGGAAGAUGGGCGCACCCUGUCUGACUACAACAUCCAGAAGGAGUCCACCCUGCACCUCGUGCUGCGUCUGAGGGGGGGCAUGCAGAUCUUUGUGAAGACCCUGACUGGCAAGACCAUCACCCUUGAGGUUGAGCCCAGUGACACCAUUGAGAAUGUCAAGGCCAAGAUCCAGGACAAGGAGGGCAUCCCCCCUGAUCAGCAGCGGCUGAUCUUCGCUGGCAAGCAGCUGGAAGAUGGGCGCACCCUGUCUGACUACAACAUCCAGAAGGAGUCCACCCUGCACCUUGUGCUGCGUCUGAGGGGUGGCUGUUAGUUCUUGUGUAUCUUCCUCUACAAGAUUGCCAGUAGUAUUUGUUUUUUGCACUGUAGUCUUUUAAUGUCCUAGUGUUAAGUUAAAUGCAAGGUUAAUGCAAGCUUAAGUAACUGCUGAACUGUGUGUUGAAAUGCUAAUAAAGUUUUAUGUUGCACAUCAA